AGACCCCAAAUAAGCAAAAGUCAAGAGUCUGUUUUAUUCCAGGCACACAGAUGGCCGAGGAAAACAUCUUUUUGUUUGUCCCUAAUUUGAUUGGCUAUGCUCGAAUUGUCCUGGCCUUGUUGUCCUUCUACUUGAUGCCAUGCUGUCCUGGACCAGCGGUGUUCUGUUACCUACUAAGUGCACUUCUUGAUGCCUUUGAUGGACAUGCAGCCCGAGCCCUUAAUCAAGGCACUAAAUUUGGCGCCAUGCUGGACAUGUUAACUGAUCGUUGUGCCACCAUGUGUCUGUUGGUGAACCUGGCUCUUCUGUACCCAUCUUACACCUUCCUGUUUCAGCUUAGUAUGUGUUUGGAUGUGGCCAGUCACUGGCUGCACCUGCACAGCUCUGUGAUAAAGGGAGCAACCAGUCACAAGACCAUCGACCUGUCUGGCAACCCAGUUCUCAGGAUUUAUUACACCUCAAGACCUGUACUCUUUUUUAUGUGUGCGGGAAAUGAGCUGUUUUACUGUCUUCUCUAUGUGAUGCACUUUAUUGAGGAACCCCAGGUGUGGCUACAGUGGCUGUUGGGAGUGUGUGGUGUGGUAUGUCUGCUAAAAUCUGGUAUCAGCGUCCUCCACCUCAUCACGGCCUCUCACAACAUGGCUGCCAUCGACCUGGCUGACCGUGAAAGGGAGAGGAGUAAGACCCAGUGAGGGAAGACUAAAGAAAGAACUGAGGGAGUCUGAUUCAAUGUGGAAGAGGUGUUUAGAAAAAAAAAAAAUGAGUGUAACACAAAGCUGAGGAUGGAAAUGAGGGUGCAAAGAGAUAAAAUAGCUGUUUAAAGAUUUUAUAGAUUGAAAUUGGGGGACCAGUUAAGCACUGAAUAUUUAUUUCUAGACUAUUAGCAAUAUUUUCAAAAAGUAUGUACCAAAUGCUGUUGCUGUUGUAAAUGUAAUUUAUUAUUCAAUAUUGUUUUCAUUUGAUCUUCACAACAUUACCUCCGUAUAGUUUUGAACAGAUGUGUGUACACUGUAUUUUUAUUUUGUGAAUAAAAAAUAAAAUGAUACCACUCACCACCAUCUACAUUCAUCAGAUAAACAAAUGACAUUCACAUUCUAUAUGCUGUUAGUUUUGCUUAUUGCUUUUUGUUUUACUAGUUAAGGUUAGUUAUGCUGUUUUUGAGUUUGAGCCUUUUAUUCAAUUUUAUGCUAAAAUAAAAUGCUUAUAUGAGUGCCAUUUCCUGUGUG